AUUUUAAUAUUAUUACGAAGAUAUUGUAAGUCGGUUUCUACGUUGCACAAUAUUCGAUUAUAGAAAGCUGUUGAACUAUAUUAUUAUAAAUUUUAAGAUUAAAACGUUUGUCUGUAAAUGGACGAUAAGAUAUAUUCAGAAGAUUUGAUUGAUUCAUUUCAUCAAUUUAUGUCAUGUGAGUGCUAUCAGUUUAAAAUAAAUUGCUUUUCUAAUUCAAAUAAUUUAUAUUUCGAAUAAUUGUAUCACAAUGACAAACACGAAGAAAAUAAAAAAUUCCGAAAUUGAGUUUUGUGCUGUGCCAACUUUUGAAUCUUUAUCUGAAGACGUUGCCGAAUCCGAAAAUGACGAUACCUUAUGUGGCUUAGGCAAAUGUAAACCAAGAUGGUUACAACGUUUUGCAAAUUCUAAGGCUUACCUCAUUAAUUAUUGUUUAUUGGGUAUAGUAGAAGCUGCAUAUUUUACCUGCUUCGUAGGUUCCCUUUCUACUCUAGAGAAGCGUUAUGCCUUCGAUAGUAGGAUAAGUGGAUUUCUUAUGAUCGCUGAUAAUUUUAGUCCGAUCAUAAUUAGUGUACUGAUUGGUUAUUUCGGAGGACGUGCUCACAGACCUAGAUGGAUAGCUGCUGGUAUGCUAAUUGUGGCACUCAGUUGUUUCAUGUGUGCUUUGCCUUAUUUCAUCUACGGUCCUGCUCUUCAUUUAAUAACAAAGGAUCCUAACGAACUCGUUAAACCUAAAUAUGAAUAUUGUGAUCCAGAAUCAAAUGAACAUUGCAAAAAAGAAGAAGUAUCGCCAACUAUACCAGCAAUAUCAAUUAUAUUUGUAGCGAAUUUUUUAUGCGGUUUUGGUUACACUGCAUUUUUUGCAGUUGGAACACCAUACCUAGAUGAUAAUGUAGAUAAGAAGGAUUCUCCAGUAUAUUUAGCUAGUAUGUCCGCUUUAAGGAUAUUUGGACCAGCACUUGGAUUUUUAAUUUCGUCUUUCUCUCUUCGAUAUUACGAAGACCCGUUUUGUGAGUGAGAGUAUUGAAUUAUUAUAUAAGUUUGCCUUAAAUUAUAUCUCCAAAGGAUAUUAUAAAACUCAUUCAAUUGUAAAGAAAGCUAUAG